GUUAGACAAACUGGAUGUGUAUGAAUCAGCGGUUGGAGAUGCAAACACAAAGAUGGCCCCAAAGAUUGAACGGUUCCCACCAGCAUUCCAAUCGAUACCUCGUAAUCCAAUUGUGCUAGACCUCGCCUACAAUUGCAUAGAGUUCCCGGUUCUUGAAGAGAGGAUGAAGAAAGGCCGGGGAGGUUUCAUGAGCCGGUUUUUCAGAUCAGAAAAAAAAAACACCGGUAUUAGCUCUGUCCGCGUGGAGGAAGACGACGACGGAGGAAGAGGAGGUGGUGGAUCGUUCUGUAUACCCCGGUGAAGAAAAAUGCAUUUCGCUAAGCUCGAUGAUUCGCCUAUGUUCCGUCAACAGAUGCAAUCUAUGGAAGAGAGUGCAGAGCUGCUGCGAAUGCGAUGCUUAAGGUUCUACAAAGGAUGCAGAAAAUACACGGAGGGACUUGGAGAAGGGUAUGAUUCAGAUAUUGGCUUCGCAAAUGCACUUGAGUCUUUUGGAGGCGGCCAUAAUGAUCCUCUAUGUGUUGCUUUUGGAGGUCCUGUAAUGACGAAAUUCACUAUUGCUCUACGAGAAAUCGGGACAUACAAGGAAGUUCUUCGUUCUCAGGUAGAACAUAUGCUGAAUGACCGGUUGCUUCAGUUCGUGAAUGUUGAUGUCCAAGAAGUUAAGGAAGCACGUAAACGGUUUGAUAAAGCUUCCAUCAUAUACGACCAGGCACGAGAGAAGUAUCUUUCACUAAGGAAGAGUACACGAUUGGAUGUGGCUGCCACAAUUGAGGAGGACCUACAUAGCGCAAGAACGACGUUCGAGCAAGCCCGGUUUCAUCUGGUUAGUGCACUCUCUAAUGCGGAAGCUAAGAAGCGUUUUGAGUUUUUGGAAGCAGUGAGCGGGACAAUGGAUGCUCAUCUCCGUUUCUUCAAACAGGGAUAUGAGUUACUGCAUCAAAUGGAGCCUUUUAUUAACCAGGUGUUGGCUUAUGCACACCAGUCCAAAGAAUGUGCAAACUACGAAAUGGCAUCACUCAAUGAAAAGAUGCAGGAAUACCAAAGGCAAGUUGAUCGAGAAACUAGAAACUCAUGUGGUUCUCCAACAGGGGAUGGCAUGAGACACAACUCAAGAAACUCACAAAAGGUUAUAGAGGCUGUCAUGCAAUCUGCUGCAAAAGGAAAAGUUCAGACAAUAAGACAAGGGUAUCUGUCUAAACGUUCCUCAAACUUGAGAGGCGACUGGAAAAGAAGAUUCUUCAUCCUUGAUAGCCGUGGGAUGCUAUACUAUUACCGCAAGCCAUGGAAUUGGUCUUCAAAUGGAAGCAGGUCUGUUGUUCACAGGAAUAUGACUUCAGAGAACAGUCCAGGGCUGCUAAGUCGAUGGCUGUCUUCUCAUUAUCACGGCGGCGUGCACGAAGAAAAACCAGUUGCACGGCACACUGUGAAUCUACUUACCUCGACCAUUAAAGUUGAUGCAGAUCAGACUGAUCUAAGAUUCUGCUUUCGAAUUAUUUCGCCGACAAAAGUUUAUACAUUGCAGGCAGAGAAUGCACAAGAUCAGAUGGACUGGAUCGAGAAAAUAACUGGAGUAAUUGCUUCUUUGCUAAGUUUCCAAACACCUGAAAGAGCAAUCAUGCAUCUUUCUACAGUGGAUGGAGACACUUUCUCUGCAAGUGAUUCAGGUUCUUUAGCAGAUCCAUAUGAUUUCGAGCAGGCGGAAGGUAGAGAUUCCAUAGUGGAGAACCCCAUGACAGGAGGGAACCGUUCGAGGUUCUCAGGGUGUUUGCAGCAACAUGAUAUGACGAAGACUGAAAAGCCAAUUGAUGUGUUGACAAGAGUGUUGGGGAAUGAGAAAUGUGCAGAUUGUGGUGCUCCUGAGCCUGAUUGGGCCUCUUUGAAUCUCGGUGUCCUCAUAUGUAUCGAGUGUUCUGGUAUACAUCGUAACCUUGGUGUUCACAUUUCAAAGGUCAGAUCGCUCACACUUGAUGUUAAAGUAUGGGAACCAUCGGUACUGACGCUGUUCCAGUCGUUAGGUAACGUAUAUGUAAACUCAGUGUGGGAGGAGUUGUUGAACUCAGAGAGUAGAUCUUCUAGUGCUAGUAGGUCUUCAGGCACUCCCAAGGCAGAUCGACCAAGAAAGUUUCUUGUAAGGAAACCUGGUUUCAGUGAUCCCAUCUCUGUGAAAGAGUUGUUCAUCCACGCAAAGUACUCAGAGAGGAUAUUUGUCCGAAAAGCAACGGACAGUCAGCAUUUCCAGGCAGUAUUCCAAGAGAUUUGGGAGAAUGUCCGAGCCAACGACAAGAAAUCAGUUUACAAACACAUUGUCUGCUCUGAAGCAGAUGUGAAUGCGCUACGUGGACAAGCGUCCUACACCGUGUCUUUACCCUUAGCAAAGAUGAUGCAACUGGACGCGAAGGAGGAAACCCUUGAAGCCAAGUUCAAGAGCAUUGACAAGGAGUUUCAAGAGAAACCAGAAGGAACUUCAAGAAGAGACAGUGAAAGUAUGGUCAGAGAAGAAACUUCAAACGAGUGCUCUUUGCUUCACCUUGCUUGUCUCUCUGCGGAUAUCGGUAUGGUGGAGUUGUUGCUUCAGUACGGUGCAAAAGUAAAUGCAACAGACUCAAAAGGUCGGACUCCACUUCAUCAUUGCAUCAUCAGCAGGAGAUACGCUAUUGCAAGGUUGCUGCUUACGAGGGGAGGAGAUCCAAAUGCUGUGGAUAAAGACAAUAACACACCGGUCAAAUAUGCUUCAGAGACAGACCUUAAUGACAGUGAACUAAUUGCUUUAUUAACAGACUCCAAAAGAUGAUAACCAUUUGAAUUGCUUAUCACACGGAAAGCAAAAUGGUAUAGCACUAGAAGAGUGUUGCUCUAUUGAACUCUUUGCGCCUUUUAGUUCGUUUCAUUACUCAUAUUUUUGUUCAUGAAGAGCGUAGAGAAUGCAUGAAAAGAUUUGUUUUGGUGGUUGCUAGGUUGAUAAUACUGGUGUACAUAUGGUCUUUUUUGGUUUCUCAAAUCUUUUUUUUUUCUUUUUGUUGUUGGUGUAAUGAAAAGACAAAGACACCAUUGUGUGUGUUCUUCUGUUCAGCUUUAUGUUCUCAGACCGAACUUUGUGAAUUUUUCUAGAAAUUAUUUAAAGUAUAUCUUUUAUGAA